AUCGUGUGGUGGCGUGCCAGCCGAUGGUCCCGGACCAACCCGAUCGAUAUACCCUUUUUUCGAGAGUGCCUUCUCUCUCUUUCCACUCCUCUCUUGCCACUCUCUGUCCGUACUCUCUCCCUUUCGUACGUGUUUCACUUGGUUUCGCUCUCGUGCUCGCGAAUUUCGCUUCACCCUCGAAGACGCGAGACGCGGUCGACAGCGACGCUUCUUCGUUCUCCCUUGAGGAGAAUGUGCGCUCGCGCGCACCGAAGGGAGAAACUCGAAGGAAAACGCUGGUGCAGAUAAAUCGUCGACUUUCCGCGAGCGCGUACACGUACCUGACGAGAGCGGAAGCACGAGCGCGGAACGCACGAGAGAGCGAUGAUCCGCAGGCGAGCGGCACUCCUCUCCUUUUCGCUCGGUUCUGUCUCUCUCUUUCUUUCCCUCUCUCUCUCUCUCUCUUUCUGAUUUUUUCCCCUCGCUCCUUCUACCACGACGGCGAAAGGAGGCAGGAGGAAUCUUCCGGUUGCAGCUUUCUCACCUCACCGUAUAACGCUACGCGGGAAUCAAUACGCGCGCCUGCCUCGAGCCUUUUUCUCUCUCUCUCUCUCUCCUCUCUUCCUUCCUCUUUCUCUUUCUCUCUGUUCCUCACUCAGUCUCUCUAUCUCGCCCUCUCCCGCUCGCGCACUAACCACCCUUCCUGCUCUGUCUUUUGCCCUCGUCCGUCCGUUCACUCGCUCUCCCUCUUCGUCCCUCUUGCUCUUUCUCUCUGUCGCCCACCCUUUGGCUGGGGAGACCCCUCGCCGUCCAUCCACCCCGUUCGCGACGCUUCGCUCUCUCCCUCUCACCCUUGCGCGCGAGCGCACCCUUCGUACACGCCGCUUCACCCCCGCUACCUUGGCACUCUCGGACGGUGCACCGUAUGUCCGUCCUUGUCCCUCUCUCACCCCUCGCCACGAGUACGAGCUUCAAACGGAGCUGCUCCUCCUCGUGGAGGUUCGGUGAAGCGAAUGAACGAAAGAGCACCUCGACGAUGAUGGCGAAGACGACGAUGACAACGAUGACGACGACGACACCGAGGAUCACGAUUACUCGCUCGCUCACUCGCGCAAGCACGCGUGCACGACGGCGACGACGCGAACAAGGGAGAACGUGGGGCGCGUGAGGCGCUUCGCACGGGUGUUGCGAGCCACCCUUGCGCUAGGGAACUGAGGACUGCCGGCUCGCAACGCGCCCCGCCGCAUAACCACGACUAUACCCUCGGCCAUGGACAUGUUGAGGACCGCGACACGCACGCAAGCGCGCAAGCGAGUGAGUAAACGGACGAGGGAGGCAACGAGCACGACAACGACGAACGACGGUGAUCGUCAUCGUCGUCGUCGUCGUCGUCAUCGUCGUGACGCGUAGUGGUAGAUGUAAGUGCGAGAGAACGGCGGACACAUCACCAAUCUUACUCCACCGACGUUUUCCCUUCUUCGCCGACCGGCCCGCGAUCGCCGAAAACCCUAUCGAUCUCUUAGCGCGCUCUUAGCUCUGGCUCUCGUCGGAGCCUCGUGGAUUUUCUUCUGCCUCGGUGAAGAGCGACAAUCUGAUUUGGAAGUAAAAUUUUACAUCUGCUUUUAUUUGGCGAAAUUAAUUUCACCUCUUAGGGAAAAGCAGAAAUCUGAUUUAGAAGUAAAAUUUUAUCCCCGAUUUACUUAGUAUAAUGUUACUGUUAAGAUUCUGCUUUUUAUGCAGGAGAAAGAAAUGCCAUCUAUAAAUGGGAUUGAGGAAUAUCCAGCUUUUUUACUAGCAUUUUUUACUUUUGAAAAACAAGAAUAUUUAGAGAGAAAAAUAUAAUAUUUGUCAAUGUUUGGAAUUAAUGGGAUCGCAAUGUAUGUCUGAUAAAUUUGUUUCUAAAUCUAUGCUUUCCAUUGCACAGAAAGAACUUUACGUACUAUAAUGACAAAACGGUAUUACACACACGUGCAAGCACGACUUAAAAUUUUCGUCAUCCUCUCUCCGAAGGAAGGUAUUACAGCGCGGUGUCGAUUAUUGCAUACUGAUUACAUCUGAACAUCUUAAGAGGUCGUCUACUACUAAGGUGCACGAGAAAACUUUAAGGGCUGCCGAAGAGAUCCGACGGGGUGGUACUCCAAGUUUUCAUCAGAACUGACGUCCCUUCGACGUAAAAUUCAAACUUUCGCGGCGCACAUGCAAGAACUUGCGACAUAAGAGAUUAUAUUUUUAAAAAUUACACCUGUCAAAGAAGAAAUCCAUACGAAAGGCAAUGUAGCCUUUACGUAUUUUUGCAAAUUGAGAGAAAUGUGAUUGAAAAAUUACACUCCUCCAGAUUUUUAUGACACAAUUAACUCUCAAAUGGCCAUUUAAUUGGCUAGCUUAUAUUAAUUUGGGAAAGGAUAUUCAGUAGCUUAUUUAACUUCGCGAGAUGAUGUAUCUUUGUGAUUCAUCCACCAAAUCAUUUAUAACUGAUCAACAGAAUAAUGAAGACGAGCCUAAAUGUCCUACUUCCGGUUCGGCUAUUCCAGCCUAGGAUCGAUUGGGGCGACCACCUCGUGUCAAAAACACUCGGCACGAAAGACGUCACGUCGAUUCUUCACCGAGGAAGCACGAGUCCGACUGUCAGCUCAUAAAUUUUAGGACGGAGCGUAGCGGCUGGCGGAUUAAAUUCUCGAGCACGAUCGACGAUGGAUUAAACCCACCGAACACUCGCAACACAUCCAUCAUGCCUGUGAAAACGACAAAAAUACGAGGCACAAUAGAUUGCGGAUUCUAAUGGACCGCUAAUCACAUCUCAUUGCUCUGUAGCUAUACAUGCGCGUUACGUAUUACAUAUUUCUUAUUAAUUUGAGACACACUAAUUUAAAUUGAUAACUUACAUGUAUAUUUGAUCUCUCGUUUUGCGUUAGAGAAAAUAAACUAUAUAAAAAAGUAAA